CAGUCUUCUUCCUUUCACCAUCAACAGCAAACCGAACUGGGUCCUUAACCUGCCGCUGCAUUAGCCGCCUCCACCUCCGGCUCCUCUCCCACACACACUUCUCUUGUUUCACCUCCGCCGCUUGGGUUCCCGAACGUUCGACUAGUAAUCACCAAAAUAGGAUGACCCAAUGUCGGAAAAGGGUUGCGGCCAAAACAGGGUUGUUGAACUCGGUACCAAUGCUUUUAGCCACCGACGAUCAAUCUCUCGAGAGAGCUUUCAGUCCCUAUAGUGAAAUUCUGGAAUUAAAGGUCAUCGGUGAUCGUGAGAUGGGUAGAUAUAGAGGGUUUGGGUUCGUCGUUUUCUGUGAUGAGCAGUGCAUUGAGGAUUAUGCAGAUCGUAGGGCAGAUUCUCGAUGGCAGAAACAUCACCGUCAACUGGGCGCAGUUAAAAGGAAGCAGUGAUGGCGGCAGAUCCCAAUUCAAUAGAAAUAGUUCUGAAUUCUGAUGGAAGAUCGGAAGAUGGAUUAAGUAAAAUGGUGGUAAAAUACAGGGGGUGUUAGUAAAACACAAAUUAAAAGAGUAGGGUUUAAUAAUUAUCAAAAACUAUAAAGGGUGUUUUAGUAAAUGACCCAAACAAAAAAGAUUCUGCCCUCAAUCCGUAUUCCGGUAUUCGGUGGAGAAAACCAGAAAACAAAGGAGAAACCUAAAGGGUUUUCCACCAAAGGAACCAGAACCAGGAAUUGUAUCAAGGUUAGAGUUCCCUUCUAUUUAGACCAUUUUUGCAGUGGAAACAUGAUACGAAGGUUCAUAGUUUUGAGGCGAGAAAUCACCACUAUGCCUUACCUAUGUGAGAGGAUAAUGCAAACCGAUAGUGAAAUUGUCCAAAUGUUCCAACCGCCAAAUCCCAAAUGUAGCUUCCCAAAUUUUCCAACAAAUCCUAAAUUAUCUGGGAAAGAUAAUUCUGUUCGUACAUUGGAUGAGAGAUUCAUAAGGAUCUUGAAGAUAUUCAAAUGGGGCCCUGAUGCAGAGAAGGCUUUAGAAGUGUUAAUGUUGAAGGUGGAUCAUCGACUGGUUCGUGAAGUUAUGAAGAUAAAUGUUGAGAUCAGUGUUAAAAUCCAAUUCUUCAAGUGGGCUGGGAAGAGAAAAAAUUUUGAGCACAAUUCAAUUACAUAUAUGGCUCUGAUUCGUUGCUUAGAUGAAGCUGAAUUGAUCGGUGAAAUGUGGAAGACAAUUCAAGACAUGGUUAGGAGCACAUGCCUCAUUGGACCUACUGAAUUAUCGGAGAUUAUUAGGAUAUUAGGCAAGGCAAAAAUGGUGAAUAAGGCACUUUCUAUCUUCUAUCAGAUCAAGGCUCGUAAGUGCAAACCAACAGCAAGCACUUAUAAUUCCAUGAUAUUGAUGCUUAUGCAAGAGGGGCACCAUGACAAGAUCCAUGAGCUCUAUAAUGAAAUGUGUAAUGAGGGUAACUGUUACCCUGACACAGUAACCUACAGUGCACUUAUAUCUGCAUUCAGCAAACUGGGUCAUGAGGAUUCUGCCAUUAGGUUGUUUGAUGAAAUGAAAGAGAAUGGGUUGCAAGCCACAGCAAAGAUCUAUACCACUCUGAUUGGAAUCUUCUUCAAGUUGGGUAUUGUUGAGAAAGCUUUGGUGUUAUUCUCUGAGAUGAAAGAGAAGUGUUGUAUGCCUACUGUUUUUACUUACACUGAGUUGAUCAAGGGACUUGGAAAAGCUGGAAGAGUUGAAGAGGCUUAUUCGAUGUUCCUCAAUAUGCGGGAAGAUGGCUGUAGGCCAGAUGUUGUGCUCAUAAACAAUCUAAUAAACAUUUUAGGCAAGGCAGGGCGAUUAAAGGAUGUUCUUAAGCUGUUUGAGGUUAUGGGUUCUCUUCAAUGCACUCCAAAUGUGGUGACAUAUAACACUAUAAUGAAAUCUUUAUUUGAAUCCAAAGCUCCUGCAUCAGAGGUUUCCUCCUGGUUUGAGAAGAUGAAAGAGAAUGGAAUAGUUCCUAGCGCCUUUACUUAUUCAAUUCUUAUUGAUGGUUUUUGCAAGACAAAUAGAGUUGAGAAAGCUUUGCUCUUGCUUGAAGAGAUGGAUGAGAAAGGUUUUCCUCCUUGCCCAGCUGCUUAUUGUAGUUUAAUUGAUGCUCUUGGCAAAGCAAAACGGUAUGAAGCUGCAAAUGAGUUAUUCCAAGAAUUGAAAGAGAAUUGUGGAUCUUCAAGUGCUCGGGUAUAUGCUGUGAUGAUCAAACACUUUGGAAAAUGUGGGCGUCUCAGUGAGGCCGUCGAUCUUUUUAAUGAGAUGAAGAAACUUGGGUGCAAGCCAGAUGUUUAUGCUUAUAAUGCACUUAUGUCAGGGAUGGUGAGGGCUGGCAUGAUAGAUGAAGCCCACUCCUUGUUUCAAACAAUGGAAGAAGAAGGUUGUGCUCCAGAUAUAAACUCACAUAAUAUCAUUUUGAAUGGAUUGACAAAGACAGGUGGCCCUAAAAGGGCAAUAGAGAUGUUCACAAAAAUGAAAAAUUCAAAGAUUAAGCCAGAUGCUAUUUCUUACAACACCAUUCUUGGCUCUCUCAGCCGUGCUGGUAUGUUUGAAGAGGCAGCAAGACUUAUGAAAGAGAUGAAAUCAAAUGGAUUUGAAUAUGAUCUCAUUACUUACUCAUCAAUACUUGAGGCCGUUGGUAAAAUUGAUGAAGAGGCAUAGUCAGCUUCGUGACACCUGGAAUGAAAUAGACUGGUGAUUAGUAUUUCAAGUUUGAUCCUAAGAUGCUCAGGGAGUAUUAAGGGUGAUACCAUUCAUUACCUUCCCUGUGUGGUUCCAGGCAAAAUGGAUCAGCUAGGUGCUUGAGUUGUUGGUAGAGAGCACUUGAUGGCCUAGAUGUUGAGGGCCUUGAGGCUUGAGCUGUGCCAAGUUGGACCUCCUUACAAAAUAGCAGAAAUGUCUGUCUUAAUAUAAUUUGGGUUCUGUUCUUACUUUCAGCUUUGAUCUUAUUCCUGGUAACUUGAGUAUGAGAAGGUUUCACUUCCAUCUAUUAGUCCUCUCUAAAAGGAAUUGACGAUCCUCACAACCACACAUGACCUGUACUUUUAAGCAAAAAGACCAGAAGACCGUUAAAAGCAUUAGGGGGUUGCUGUUCAAAGUAGUAGUUGGGUAGUACAACAGCAGUUGAGCAGUUCAAGUUGAAAACAUUGUUAGCAUUCCAAAGCAGGUGGUGUCCAUUGGUGGUAGCCAAGUAAUGGGAGACGAGAGAAAAUUUUAGGCCAAAGCAUAAGAAGCAAGGGGCUUUCAUUGUCAACUAACAAAUAAAAAUACUGUAUCAGCUGGUUCUAUUAAUCAUCAUAAAUUGCAUUUUGGGUAAAGGACUUUCCUGACUAUUCCUCUCCUGUAGCGUGAAGUGGGAAGAUUUUGUUGAUUGGAUACAUACAGUGACUGUUAUGGCAUCAAUAUUGUUGAUAUACUAUGACAAUACAUUGACAGUAACUAGAAAUUUUACUUUUCCCAUCAGGGAAGGGAUUUCCAAGGAUAAAAAUGAAAGGUGGUAUUUGCAGCUUGUGAUUCUGUUAGUAUGAUUUGGUGCUUGUAUGAUUUUGUCAUAUUUUUCAUUCCAGUAAAGUUUGUGUGGUUAAGAAAAGUUUUAAUACAAGGCCACUGUUUGCAGUA